CAACAAUUCGACGCAAUGGCAAAGACGCAAGCGUUUUGUAUGUAUUUACAAUACAACUGCGUCAGGUUUUUCCAACGUGUGGGGUGGUCCGAAGGCUUUAGCUUUUGCAGCAGUUUGCUCCACUCUCAAUCAACAUUUGGCAUUUGUCUUUUAUACUACCGUAUUGCUAGUGCUCAGCGUUCUACUGAAAAGUUCCGCGAUCUUUUAAAAUCAACGAAAACAGACACAAUGUCAGGCGAUGGAUCUGAAUCUACAGCAGCUGCUGCCGCGGCGGCUAAAAAAUUAAAUUUGGAAAAAGCUACGAAUUUCAUGAAGCAAUACAGAGACCCAGAAAGUCGAGAACUUAAAAAACUAUCCGCUAAUCAAUUCACAGAAGUUUGGAGCCACUACGAUAAAGAUGGAAACGGAUACAUAGAAGGCACAGAACUAGAUGGAUUUCUGCGUGAAUUUGUGGCCAGCGCAAACAAAAAUGAUAUAAGUCCAGAAGCAGUAUCGGACGCGAUGCUCGCUGAAUUGAAGCAAUGUUUUAUGGAAGCUUACGACGAUAAUCAAGAUGGAAAAAUUGAUAUACGAGAGCUUGCUCAGUUAUUACCAAUGGAAGAAAAUUUUCUACUAUUAUUCAGAUUCGACAAUCCGCUCGACUCGAGUGUUGAAUUCAUGCGGAUUUGGAGAGAAUACGAUACAGAUGGCAGUGGUUACAUUGAAGCAGAUGAAUUAAAGAAUUUUUUGCGAGAUUUAUUAAGAGAAGCGAAAAAAAUCCACGACGUGUCUGAAGAUAAACUGAUUGAAUAUACCGAUACAAUGCUCCAAGUGUUCGACGCCAACCGAGACGGAAAACUGCAACUUUCCGAAAUGGCCAAAUUACUGCCUGUAAAAGAGAACUUCCUGUGCCGUCAAGCUUUCAAGUCUCAGGGAUAUGUAGAGGGUGCUACUAAAUUAACCAAAGAAGAUAUAGAGCGUGUCUUUUCACUCUAUGACCGAGACAACAAUGGAACCAUUGAAAACGAAGAGCUGCGAGGAUUCUUAAAAGAUUUGUUAGAACUUGUGAAAAAAGAUUACGAUGCUCAAGAUCUGUUGGAUUUCGAAGAGACUAUCAUGCGCGGUGUGGAUUACAAUAAAGAUGGAAAAAUAAACAAAAAAGAAUUAACGAUGAUUUUAUUAGCCAUCGCAAGACACAAUCAAGACGACGAUUGAAGAUUUUCAACCCAUAGCACGUAAAUUUUAUUACCUAAUUAGUUGGCUAAUUUUUUUUUUCGGAAAUAUAUCUAUACUAGUUCAAAAAAAAUUAUUUUUUCUUAUCGUUGUUGUUAUUGUAGUUUGCGAAUUGCAGAACUAAAGUUCACUUUAUCGUACGUUUUCGUUUUCGUUUUUUUUUUUUUUUUUUUUUUUUAAAUCAUUAUUAAAUUAAUUCAAGAAUCAAUGAUCGAUGCCGGAAUCCAACAACGAAGAAAAACUACUCCAUUAAUAAUUUUGAAACUAGUCGACUUUGUUAUUCAUAUUACAAAUUUUUGUUUUGGUUUUUUAUUCAUUUAAGUUAUUCAUAUUAAAACGCGCAAAUAUCGCGUAUAAAUUAUUAUACCUACGUUUAACUGAUGAAAGCAUCAGCAUACCAAGCCUAAUUACUAUAUAAUUUUUUUUUCCUUUUGCAUUUAUUUACCUUACCUUUUUAUUAUAAGUUUGUUGUCUUUGAAUUGUAUUCAGCGUGUUUUAUUGUUACAUAUGGAGAAAUCAUCAUCAUAUUAACAUAGCAUAGAUUUUAUGUUAAUAAAAAAAAUUCUUUUAAGCUAUUUUUUUUCAAUCUUUCACUUUUGCUCAAAUAAAUUAGGAGUUAGAUAAAUAAUUUAUUUAUAAAGUAAAAUGUCUUUGCGUGUUUUUUUUUCUAUGUGUAAAAUACCUACCCAGGAUCAAUCAUUGCCAUUGGAAAUUUUUUCAUUUUUUGCACUUUCGCUACUUCUUAGCAAAGUAGGUACGUUUGUGCCUACUUGAUUAGAAACUUUAUCGUAUAAUCUUUACUAUAUCUUGGCGUAUGGUCGGUCAUUUGAUCGCACCACUGCAAAAAUACCAUUAUUUUCCUAAUUAAAUAAUAAUUUUAUUGGCACUUCUAAUUUUCGAGGAUAUUUUAAAUCUGAAAUUUAGUUACUUCAGUUCUUCAUUGGUUAUACAUAGUAAUACUUCAAAAUUUAAAUCUAAAAAAGGGCUUCCUAAAACUUGUAUCUCAGUCGAUCUGCAUUUCAUUUGAAAUCAGCCAGCAUUCUUCAUUACAAUGAAUAAAAUUUCAACUCUCUUCCUGUAGUAUACUUAUAACCACAUAAAGGAGUUUUUAGCUCUCGAUCUCGUUCUUAUACAGGGUCUGCUUGUAAAUAUAAUCCAUUACCUAGGCCAAAUAUUCGUACAUAUCUACGUGUAUGAAAAACAAAAUACCUCAUUCAUCUCGUUUUCAUUCCGAUGCCUAUACAAAUAUAUGCCAUGAUGGUUUAAAAUACAUACAACCAAAUUCAUCCGCGUGCAAACAGGUGGGGUCAAAAAAAGGGCUACAAUCAAGUUUCAAAUUACUUAUUUUAUGAAAUUAUUUCAUCGUGAUUAUGCUGGGCUACAUUAAUAACAUAAUGUAAAAAGAAGCAAAAAUUAUACAUAUUAUAAGUACGGUAAUAACGAAAUUUAUGUUUAUUAAUAAUAAAAUAAGGUAAUAGCGAAUGGAAGACGAGUUAACCCGCCACCCUCAACAUGAAAAAAUGCCAUCGACUAAUUAAUUUUCCUGUGCCAGAACAAAAUAUGGUAUGGCUUUGUGGUAUCUAGAGGGGGUGCGUAAAGGUUGCACCAUUAAUUUCUCAUGUUGGGCAUUUUGCCUACUUUUUUAUUUUAAGGGGCAAACAUUUUUGAAAAAAAAUCGUAUUUUCCACAUUUCGUCGGUGGCGCGUUUGAUACCCCGUAUGUGCCACUGUGUUAGCGCAUGCGCAGACAAAGUAUUCGGCACCAUGGUUUCACCGCUCAUGCACAUACGAGGUUUCUUGCAGUGCGCUCUAUGGGACAAAAGUGUAUUUAUACACAUAAGGUAUAUCCCGUUCGCCGCGCCUCGCAAAAACUAGCGACGACGAGUCCAGUGAUAUUAAAAAAAGGUUUGCGUACAAAGUGGCACAUACGGGGUAUCAAACGCGCCACCGACGAUUUACUGAUAUUUUAUUUUUUUCAAGUUAAAGUUAGGUGGAAUCAUUUUGACUCCUCACUGACAAUUGUGUGUCCAUGUCCAACUUGCUUGUGCACAGCAAUUUGCCUAUCCUUUUAAUUUAAGGGGCAAAAAAUUUCGAGCUUCUGGUCUGUACAAAAAUUGUUCAAAAAUUUCUGCCCCUUAAAAUAAAAAAGUAGGCAACCUUCUGAACACGGCAAAUGAACAGCAGAACAUACACGCAUAUGUACCAGGAGUCGUUACUACCCUAUCACUCGUUCCUGCGGAGCGAACGCAUGGAGAAACCGGUUUGUGACAAUUGUCACCAUGUUGAGGGCGGCGGGUUAAAUGAAAAUGACUGUAGAAAAUAUUUUGGAAGACAUUGUAAUUUAUCCUUAUUAUAAAUUUUAUAAAAUUAUUUGUCUCAAAUCAUAAUUUAUGAACAGAAUAGAACACAAUAAAACAUACUUACAUCACGUAAA